AUGGAGAACAAAGUAAUUCCAAAUCCUAUACUUCCAGCGGCGGGAGUCCGCAGGAACCAAGCAGCGGAUGGUGGGGCUGGUCCUCUCCCCGGAGGACAGUAUGACGAUAGGACCGCAAACCCGGAUGUCAGGGUUCUAUCCGACCACAGCACACGGUCCAAAGCACUCCUGCGUUGCCGGAGACCAUUCACCAUGGGAUCCUUCAACGCAAACACAGUUAGAGAAGAAGGGAGGCUGGAAGAGCUGGCACACUGUGCCGAGGAAAGGAGAGUGGAGAUCCUGGGAAUCCAAGAGCAUAGAAGAGUGCAUUCUGAGGAUCAGAUCGUGUAUCACAGAGUGGAGAAAUGCUGGUCCUUCACCUCAUCAGCGUGGCGAAAUGAGGCACAAGCUGCCACUGGCGGUGUGGGGUUACUGCUGAGUUCUCGGGCUCUCCUUAGGGUACACUAUCACACCAACAGGAUCCUUAGUGCUGACUUUGAUGGUAACCCAGUCACAACUGUCAUAGUCGUGUACUCACCCACCAAUGUGGCACAAGCUGAGGAGGUGGAGAAGUUCUAUGAGGACCUUGCAACAGCGGUCCAUGAGGGUGAGACUGAGCCUCAGGGUCCCCAAACCAAGCCUGAAGACCCGGUAUGA